CGCGAACGACACAUCACUACUUCCAAUCAUUAUGUAGUACCCUGGGCGACAUGUGAACACGACGCGUGUGUUUGAUCGUUUAAAGGGCUUGGUUGCUAACCUUGCUAGACGAAUUGAACAAGGUCACACAAGUACAUGGAUGUACUACGUACUUCUACUUAGUUUGGUAGCCUGUUCGCUUAAGCUGUGAAUAUGUCUGAAGCAGACCCGGAUGCAUAUUUUCUGUCAGGAGACCCGGGUUCAAGAACAGAGAGACAGAUUUUGCUCCACUCUCUUCCUGCCUCAGUUAUGUGGAAAUUCUGCACAGUCAUGGACGGACUUUCAGAACUGGACUGGAGCCGCUUUGCAUCAGAGGUUCUGGGUGAUCAGCUGACACUACGAUUGGCUGAAAAGCAGGAGAGGCGGAGUGACUUUGUAAUGAACCACUGGGGAAACCGGAAUGGUCAACUUGGAGAGCUAAUGGAUCUGCUGAAACGUCUGCGGUUGCUCCGCCCUCUUGAUGUCAUCCAAUCCUAUUUGUCCAGUCUGACCCCUGUAUUUUCACCGCCUCCUGCUUGCCAUCAGCAUCAUCUCUCUGUGGCUCCCAAAACAAGUCAGGCCACACCCACUGUCAGCACCUGCAGACUUAGGCCAACAGAAAAUAAAGAAGGAGGAAGAAAGCUUUUGCCUGGACCUGCACCACCACCUUCUGGCAUGCUGUCAGAGCUUUGCACACCUCCCCAGAAUAUCAUGACAAGUAGCAGCAAGAGUAUUGAUGGCAUUGGCACUAGGGUGAUGUCCUGGUCUUUUGAAGAAGUGCAUGCUGGGACACAGGGGUUUUCCCCAUCCCUGCAGGUUGGCGAGGGAGGGUUUGGUGUGGUGUACAGAGCUGCUCUGAGAAACAUGGAUUGUGCUGUCAAGAGACUCAAACAGGACUUUAUACUGGACUGGAUGCAGCUUAAGGAAACAUUUCACACAGAGGUGGACAAACUGUCAAAGUUCCGACAUCCCAACAUAGUGGAUCUGCUAGGAAUCAGUGAAGGAGGAGGUUCAGUUUGUUUGAUCUACAGCUUCAUGGAGAACGGUUCCCUUGAGGAUCAGCUGCACAAUAAGUGUGGUGCCCUUUCCUGGUCAGAUAGACUUUGUAUUGUUGAAGGCGUGUCCUCUGCUUUGUUCUUCCUCCACUCUCCUCCGGAAAGUCAUGCUUCACUCAUCCAUGGAGACGUUAAGAGCUCAAACAUCUUGUUGGAUCGCCACAUGGUGCCUAAGUUGGCUGACUUUGGGUUGGCUCGGUUUGCGUGCGGCCAAAACACCAGAAAAUCAUCUAAACGUACAGGGUUUCAGACAGCGUCGGUCGGAAAGACGGAGACGGUCCGAGGAACGUUGGCAUACCUCCCUGACGAGUACAUAAGGAAUGGAGAAUUUGGACCAGCUAUGGAUGUUUACAGCUUUGGCGUGGUGCUGUUGGAGGUUCUCACUGGUCGUCCUGCUCUGGACAGAAAGGGACAACAAGACAUAUUUCUGAAAGACCUGGUGGAGGAUGUUGAGGAAAGUGCGGCUGGUUCUUGUGAAGCAGAAUGGAGAAAACAUCUGGAUCAUCAUCUAAUCAGAGCGGGUUCUGCUGAUCUCACUGGUUGGAUGAAGAUUGUAACUCUGGCUUGCACUUGUUUAAAGAAGAGGAGGAAGGAGAGACCACUCAUGAGUGAGGUCUAUAAAAAACUAAAGGAGAUGCAGGUUUUGGUUGGCGGAGCUACUAGCUCCUCAUGGCGCUUGCCGCACCCACCUGUUGACUCUAGUAUUGAUGAUCUGUCCUGUCCGAUGUCUAAAUUAGGGAUACUGGAGGACAUGGACGUUCAGUUACAGUCCUUCAACUCUCCGUUCUCACCAGCCCUCCAUCAAACACUCCACUCCUCCUCUUCUUGCUCCUUUGUGGGUCCAUGUGAAACAGACGAGAGCCAAGGAUUGCCACAGUAUGACCUUCAGUCUCACUGCCGGUCAAACCAGACUAGUUUCAGAUGUGUGCCUGUGACCGCUGGAGAACAAUAUCCAGUCCAAUUAAAAGGUCCUUCUGUCCCAACUGAGGACCAGUAUGACUGUCCUCCUCUUCCAUUAAACAAACCAGGGUGGGACGCUACAGCAGGACUUUAUGGUGUCACUAAAAGUCUGUCUUCUAUAGGGUCACUGCAGUCCACAUCACCACAGACUUCAGGUAGGCCUUUUCAUCAGGAGUCGGUAACGACUUGAAAUCUUCUUCAUAUUCUUAAAACUGAAUUUUAAAACUCCUGCAACAUAAAUAUAUCUUUAAGCAAAACUUGUGGGAAUAAAGUGUGUAAUCAGUAGAAAAGCUGAAGGGCAGAAUAAAAUAGUCUGUUAGUAACUGACAUUAAAAAAAAAAGUGC